AUGGACAAGGAGGUUGAUGUCAAGCCAAGCAGGGCCAUUUCCGUUCGUCCGGUUCCGGCGAACCUAGCAAGGCUCAGAUUUGGCAUUCGUCAGGAAUGUGUUUUGCACUGCUUUGCAAUGCUCUGCCUUGCACAAAGUCUUGCUGCAACUUCAAGCGGCCGAACGAAGCCGAGUUUGACCCUCCCAGGCAAGAAGCUUUUCUACGGGCAGCAAGGCGGCUUCCAACACAAAUCGAGCAAAUUGCACCAUGAUGAAAUCAUCCUGGCGGUGACGCAGCAGGUGUCAGAUCAUUGCUCUUCAGGGCCAGGAUGCCACGAGCAGGACACGGCUGAUGGCGCAGGGGGCCUGAGCCAUCUCACUGGCAUCUACUUGGAGCGAGUUCCUCUUAACGGAGGCGACAUGGCAAUCGCCAAGAUAAGUGGACAUGUAGGCGCAUCUGAUAGCGUGCUGCAAAAUCAUAUGACCAUGCACAUGUCUGGACGAGAGGAUCUGCUGUGGAUAAGCUGGUACUUCAGCCACUAUCCCAGCUCCGUUCAUCACCGAGAGAGCCUGGUUCAAACCAGGAGAGAGCGCUUCGCCAUGCGGGCUUGUUUGUUAGGCUACCCGGUGGGGCCCUGGCAGCUGGACGCUGAUGAGCGCAGGGCCUACAUGGACCAUGGGCCUACCCGGUACGUGCUCUUAGUCGAGCAAGAUCGCCGUGAUGCAUAUCUGGGCAAUUCACUCGCCUUUCUAACAUCUAAAGGCAACAUCAUUGAGUUUCGAGGGAUGCAGGCAUCGCGAUCUCGAAGAUUUGUAGCACCUCCUGACAGACAAAUCUGUGGCUUGGGCUUCACAGGUAGCUGGUUGACUCGGGUCACCACCUGCCCGCUUGAGGCACACGAAACAGAUGAACAAAAUCUGCGCGAGCAUAUCGUGCACCCUGAUUAG